AUGGCUUCAUCCCUUCGCGGUAUCUUUGUUCCUAUUCCUACAUUUUUUAAAGAAAACGAGGAUUUAGAUUUAUAUUCUCUUGACCUUCAUAUUCAAUACUUGUCUAAAAGUGGUGUUGCUGGUAUUGUCGUUUUAGGUUCUAUGGGUGAGGCAGUGAGUCUAUCAGACGAAGAAAGGGAUCAAGUUAUCAAGCAAGUUGUGACAUCAGUCAAGAAAUAUAAUCCAAGCCUUGUCAUCAUUGCAGGAACAUCAUCUCAGAGUGCAAGAAACGUCAUUUCUUAUACUAGACAAGCAGCAGCCGCUGGUGCUCAAUAUUGUCUGAUUUUGCCUCCUUCUUUUUACCGUGGUUCGAUUACAGACGAUGCGUUGGUUGCUUUUUAUACAGCAGUAGCGGAUCAAUCACCAUUACCAAUCAUUAUCUAUAAUUACCCAGGUGUCUGUCAGGGCAUAGAUGUCAGUACCAAGGUGCUUGUUCAACUAUCCAAACAUAAAAAUAUUAUUGGCUUAAAGGGAACAGAUGCAAAUGUAGGAAAAAUGGCAGACUUGGUUCAAAAAACAGAUCCAAAAGAAUUUGCAUUGUUAGCGGGUUCUGUCGAUUUUUUCUUGCCAGAGCUUUUAAUAGGUGCAGUAGGAUUAAUACCAGGCGCUGGUAACGUAUUCCCUGCAUUGUGUGCUGAAGUUCAACGGCUAUAUGACAAUAAACAAUACGACGAGGCAGCUCGACUCCAACGACAACUUGUAGAGGCUGACGAUGCUCUCUGUCGAUGGUAUGGUGUUCCAGGCGCCAAGAGUUAUAUAUUCAGAAAGUUUGGUUACGGGCGAGGCAUCUGUCGUAAUCCACUUCAAAGGGUUACAGAAGACCAAGCUGUAAAGAUCGAACAAGCAGUUGAUCCUGUGGUCUCUCUUGAAGAGAAUCUUAAAUCUAAUUGGACAAACAAAUAA